GAAACAUUAUAUGAAAUUAUGAAUCAUCUUAAAUCCUAAAUUUCAUUCUAAUAUUCAAAAACAAUUUUUUUCUAUGACACAAACGGCUUAUUUUUUUAUUGGGCUACAAAUGACACAAGCGCUUUCAUUUGAUUGGGCUAAAAACGAAAAGAUCCGGCCCAUUGAGCUGGGUUUAUCGUUCACCUUUGUAAGUUUAUUUCUUCUUCAUCUUCCGAAUCGCAUUCUCCGAUCGAAUCGCCGACGGAGAAAUGACCAAGUUCAGGAAGCUCGGCCGCCCAGCAGGUCACCGUAUGUCCAUGCUCAGGACUAUGGUUUCUCAAUUGGUGCAACACGAGCGAAUUGAGACCACUGUUACAAAGGCUAAAGAAGUUCGUCGUCUUGCUGAUAAUAUGAUUCAACUCGGAAAAGAGGGUUCACUAGCUGCAGCAAGAAGAGCUGCUGGGUUUGUUAGAGGAGAUGAUGUACUUCACAAGAUUUUUACAGAAUUGGCUCAUCGAUACAAAGAUAGAGCUGGUGGAUACACAAGAAUGCUUCGUACUCGCAUUCGUGUUGGUGAUGCUGCCCCAAUGGCCUAUAUCGAGUUUAUCGAUAGAGAGAACGAGCUAAGGCAAUCAAAACCAGCUACUCCUCAACCUCCACCUCGAGUGCCACUUGAUCCAUGGGCUAGAUCCCGUCUCACCAGGCAGUAUGCUCCACCAAAGGAGGAAAAAACUUCUGAUUCUGACCUAUAAAUAGAAGAAGAUCUCUCUCGCUCUCUCACACCAGAAGAUCAUGUUUUUUUUCCCCUUGCCCAUGUUGUUUCUCCUUCAACCCAUAGCUUUGUAUGUCUGGCACCUUAUUCAUCACUGUCAUUCACAAUGUGUUUAAAACAGUUUAAAUGUAGUUUCCUUGAAGCAUCAAAGCAUUUUUACCCAUUUUCUUAAAAAGUUUUUUGGUAUCAUCUUCUCUCAUUUUUCUUCAACCACUCGAAAAGUUUGAUAAUACUUUAAAGUUUAAAGUUUCAUUCCUUUUUGGUAUGAUAUGAUUUAU